AUGUCAUCGACGGACAACACUUCGCCUCCCAUGGCAGACCAGUCCAACUCGACGGCGGUUCCCUCGUCGCCCGAUCGAAAUAAGAAGAAACGCAUCAGAAACUGGACUGCGGAUGAUCGCGCAGCCCAUCGCGUAUUUGAGCGAUCACGACGAGAGGCUUUCAAGGAGCGGCUGACGACUCUUGCGAGCCUCAUACCGUCGCUUCGAUCUACGGAUCCUAACCGCCUGUCUAAACACGUUGUUAUUGACCAAAGCGUUGCGCUGCACAAGGCCGAGCAGAAGGAGAUUGCGGACUCUCUUCAGAGGAUCAAUCGCCUGGUAGCCGAACGAGACGAUCUCCUCUCCGAGCUGAAUACAUGGCGGUUGAACGCUGGGCUUGAGGUUCACCAGGCUCGAGUUACAGCGGAAGAGCCGGAAACUGCUACUUCAAUACCUAUAUUAGACGAGGCCAGCGCCUCCAUGCUAAGGACCGGCGUUUCAUCCAUCUCUAUCGGGGCCAACAAUGAGCGCGGAGCUGGAAGCCGAUCGCUAUAUCUAGAAGAGCAGUCCUCAUUUGUAGCUACGGACCAUGACCUCACAACUGAGCCUGUCUUGAAUGAAGCAGUUGAGGUAGACCUUCCAUCAACGUCAAUGAGCAUGGACAUUCCAUGGAUGUCGCCCGAGAUGGAUUUCACCAUGCCAAAUUCACUGGGUCUGACUACCGGUUAUAACACCAACGCGCCUCCGAAAUCGCCAUCUUACACACACCUGCCAAUGUCCUACGACAUGGCAAACAAUAACCUUGAAAAUGAGGCUUUACGAUUCAACACAUCAAUGAUGCACAUGGCAGAUCCGUCGACAUUUCACAACGACACAUAUAUUUAUACUGGUUGA